GCGGCGGGGCCACGCCGAAUGUGUGUAGGGGGCUUAGGGGCGCUCGGGUUUGUAGUUUUGAAACUUCUGGCGGGGGAACUGGGGCGCAGAGUUUUGCUGGGUGGUGGGAGCCGAAGUGACGCCCUUCCGGAAACCCCGCAGCGGGGCUCCGCUGCUGCGGGACCCGAUGCUGAGGCGCGGGGCUGAGCCGGCGCACGUGUGAGCGCCGCUGAGGAAGCGGCGAGCGGCAGAGCAGGUGUCGCUGCAGCCGGGGCCGCACGUACCAGAGGGAAGUCCGGGACGCGCGGGUCUCGGUGUCCAGCCGGCGCCCGUCACUGACUUCUGUGUCGCGGCCCCUGCGCCUCUCCCUAGCGAUGCUGUGGAGCCGGAACUGCUCUGGAGUCGGCUGCCGCUUGUCAAGCCUCCCCUAGCCUCUGCUCCCGGAACGGCAGCGUCGCAGCUGCCGCUGAUCCACCUGGGGAUGCCCGCGGGCCUCACGGAACCGGCCGGCGCCGCUCCCCCCGCCGGUGUGAGCGCCUCCGGGACCGUGACGAUGGCCCCCGCUGGGACUGUGCCUGUCCGUGUGGAGAGCACCCCGGUGGCCUUGGGCGCCGUGACUAAGGCUCCUGUCAGUGUCUGCGUGGAGUCCACGGUGUCCCAGCCCCUGCGGUCCCCCGUGGGGACCCUGGUGACCAAAGUGGCUCCUGUCAGUGCUCUUCCUAAACUCAGCAGCGGCCCCCCGCUGCCUGCUCCUCAGAUAGUCGCUGUGAAAGCCCCCAACACCACAACAAUCCAGUUGCCUGCUAAUUUGCAGCUUCCUCCAGGAACAGUUUUGAUCAAAAGUAACAGUGGCCAGUUGAUGUUGGUAUCUCCUCAGCAAGCUGUGACGAGAGCAGAGACCUCUACUAAUAUAACUUCAAGGCCAGCUGUACCAACGAAUACUCAUACAGUCAAAAUCUGUACAAUGCCGAAUUCUAGUUCACAGUUAAUUAAGAAAGUGGCAGUAGCACCUGUCAAAAAAUUGGCACAAAUAGGAACUACUGUUGUAACUACUGUUCCGAAGCCUUCCUCAGUACAAUCUGUAGCUGUGCCACCCAGUGUUGUCACAGUUACUCCUGUAAAGCCGUUGAAUUCUGUAACUACCCUGAAGCCUUCAAGUUUGGGAGCAUCAGCUGCUCCCUCAAAUGAGCCCAGUCUCAACACAGAGAACUCAGCAGCUGUUCAGACGAAUCUUUCUCCGGCGAUGCUAGAAAACGUGAAGAAAUGUAAGAACUUCCUUGCAAUGUUAAUAAAACUAGCAUGUAGUGGGUCACAGGCUCCAGAAAUGGGGCAGAAUGUGAAGAAACUGGUGGAACAACUUUUGGAUGGAAAAAUUGAAGCUGAAGAAUUUACUAGACAACUGUAUGUUGAACUCAAGUCUUCACCUCAGCCUCACCUAGUUCCUUUUCUUAAGAAAAGUGUGAAUGCCUUACGACAACUCAUGCCCAACUCCCAGAGCUUUAUUCAGCAGUGUGUUCAGCAGACCUCUAACGAGGUAGUCAUUGCUACCUGUACCACAACAGCAACAACUUCUCCUGUGGUGACAACAACAGUUUGCUCAGUCCAGUGUGAAAAACCCAUCAUUGUUUCCGGAGCAGCAACACCCAGUACUAUGUCAGUGCCGACUCUGAAUCCGCUUGCUGGUCCGGGGGGAGCAAAAACUGGAGUUGUGACACUUCAUUCUGUGGGUCCGUGUGCUGUACCAGGAGGAACAACAGCUGGAACUGUUUUGCUUCAGACUCCAAAACCACUUGUGACAUCUAUACAGAAUACAGUUACAGCAGUCUCUCUUCAACCUGAAAAGCCAGUUGUCUCUGGGGCAGCAGUCACGCUGGCUCUUCCCUCAGUAACUUUCGGAGAAACUUCCGCGGCAGCUCUCUGUCUUCCAUCUGUGAAACCCGUUGUUACUUCUGCUGGGACCACAUCUGACAAGGCCGUCAUUGCUCCAGUCCAGAUCAAACUUGCACAGCCGGGCCCCAUUCUUUCACAGCCAGCUGGGAUUCCUCAGGCAGUUCAAGUCAAACAGCUAGUAGUCCAGCAGCCUUCAGGAGGUGUUGCAAAACAAGUGACCACACUUCCCCAUUCCUCAGCAUUGACCAUUCAGAAAUCUGGACAGAAGAAGAUGCCAGUGAGCACUGCAAUACCUACCAGUCAGUUUGCUCCAGCUUCCAUUCUAAAGCAAAUUACCCUGCCAGGAAAUAAGAUUCUGUCAAUCCAAGCAUCUCCUAUUCAGAAAAAUAAAGUAAAAGAGAAUGGAACAACAUCCUUCAGAGAUGAAGAUGACAUCAAUGAUGUGACUUCCAUGGCAGGGGUCAACCUCAGUGAAGAAAAUGCCUGCAUCUUAGCAACAAACUCUGAAUUGGUUGGCACACUUGUUCAGUCAUGUAAAGAUGAACCAUUUCUUUUCAUUGGAGCUCUGCAAAAGAGAAUAUUAGACAUUGGUAAAAAGCAUGACAUUACAGAACUUAACUCUGAUGCUGUGAACUUGAUCUCCCAUGCAACACAGGAGCGAUUACGAGGCCUUCUAGAAAAACUGACUACAAUUGCUCAACAUCGAAUGACAACUUACAAGGCAAGUGAAAAUUACAUCCUGUCUAGUGAUACCAGAUCACAGCUCAAAUUUCUCGAAAAGCUAGAUCAAUUGGAGAAGCAGAGAAAGGAUUUAGAAGAAAGAGAAAUGUUACUUAGGGUAGCCAAGAGUCGUUCCAAUAAAGAAGAUCCAGAACAGCUGAGAUUAAAGCAGAAAGCCAAAGAGUUACAACAGUUGGAGCUUGCGCAGAUACAGCAUAGAGAUGCUAACCUCACAGCUCUUGCGGCUAUUGGACCAAGAAAGAAGAGACCACUAGAAUCUGGGUCUGGAAGUGAGGGCUUAAAAGACAAUCUUCUUGCUUCUGGGACAUCUGGUCUGACAGCCACCAAACAGUUGCUUCGUCCAAGAAUCACAAGAAUCUGUCUCAGGGACUUGAUAUUCUGUAUGGAACAGGAAAGAGAGAUGAGGUAUUCUCGAGCUCUAUACCUUGCCCUUCUGAAGUGACCACUGCACUCUCCAUCCAGAUCCUUGCUGUUUACUGCCAAAGAAGACAUAAAGAGCAUUGUUGCACUCUCCUGAAAUUUCAGUUUCUGGAAAAUAAUCACCAAUAGGGAAGACCACUGUUUACAGUUAUAAACUUUUAUUAAAUCUUAUGGGGUUCUUAAGGACUAGAAUUCAACUUUGUCUUCUGGAAAUUGGUUAAUGAAAUACAGUUUAUACAGACGUAGGCUUCUGCCUACCUGUGCAUUUAAUUACAAGUUAAGGCCCUGUUUGGUACCACUGCUUCAUUUGCCAAACUAUUAACAAGUGAGGUGAUUUCCCUAAUACAGCCAGCAUUAAGAUGCAGGGGAAAGAAAGGAAGAGUCACUAUUUACCAAACAAACUGUUAUUUCAUCCUCUAAGGAACCUGUCUCAAGGUGUUGGGUUUUCUGGGCUGGGAUCAGAAGUUGCCUAGCUAAUUGUGACAAUCACCUUCUGUAGUUGCAGAUGGUGAGCCACAGAGUAGGGUCUGUGGUGACUUUGGUCAGCUGCAUCCCGAUGUUGUCAAAACUGAGGCAGAUGGGGAUAGUUUGUGCCUAAGGUUGCUGUUCUGUGGCUCAUCACCGUAUGCUGCUUCUGAUACCGAGUAAGGGGACAUCCUUGUCAGGGAAACUGUAAAAUGGGAGCUGCUGAUAUACCUCACUGAAAACUGGAAAAGGUGGGAAGUACUGGAAGGAAUGAAGGGGCAUUGCAUUCCACCUGAGAAAGGGGAGUGAAAAUGGAAUGAAUCCCAGAGCAGGAAGUGUGCUGCACAUGCACCUUCUAUUCCGGGGGUGAGAUUGGAACUCUAGAGCAGCUGGUACAGGUUUCGUUGACAGGACAAAAUGACAGUCCAACCAAAAAGGAAAAUGUAUCAAACAUUUUCAAAUUUGCAGUAUUUCAAAAGGAAGAAGUUAUUUUUUUGUUUUGUUUUGGGUAUUGUUUUAAAUCUUAAGGAUGGUUUUGUAAAUUUUUUUUUGUUACUGCAAGUUUUAAGCAUCUUGUUGCAUUUAAAAAAUCCUAAUUGAUGAUUAGAAAUUUUUAACAGUAGGACUCCAUUUUGGAUUCAGUACUCAAACGGUAAUGUCAGCAUCUCGUUGUCGGAGAUCUUGUCUUUAAAUGUAUUAUGAGAAGCAUGUUAUAUAUAUAUGUGAAAUAUAUAUAUAUAUUCAUCUGAGGAGGAAGCUGAUGUUUUGUAAAGCAAACCCUCUUUUUUUUUUUUAAUUCCACCUUUGUGGCAUGUAGCUGUGAAAAGUAAUAGCUGUAUUUAGAAUUGCAUACAGAAAGAACCAGUAAAUCCUCCAGGAAGGUUUUUUUUAAAAAAACAAAACAAAACAAAACAAGAAAGCUGCUUUUUAGGAAAAGAAUUCAGGGGAAAAAACACACCUCCAGUAUGUUACUCCUCAUCCUCUUCUUCCCAUCGGGACUGUUACAGCCAUGUUCUAUACGGUAGUAAAUGUUGAAUUGGCCACAUCUUUUUGUUUCAGGCAAGUUAUUAUGUAAAAUGCUAUAAAUUAUGUAUAUGUUAAAAGAACACUUUCAGAAGAGAUCUAUACCUAAAGUUGUUUUUGUAUAUUUAAAUGCUUAGCUUUAUUUUUUUGUAAAGUGCAGCAUAUUCCCAUAUUUGUGUAUAAUCUUAUUGAUCAGAUGUUUAAAAUUAUUUCAAAUACUUCAUUAAAAUAAUUAUUUUAUUAUAAGAAUAACUUUGCUCAGUCCCUGACUUUGAAAACCAGUAUCUUUAGUAGUAAGCCCCCGCAGCUGGGCCUGGGCAGUGGAUCUUUCUUGGCUCUGAUUGUUACUUACUUUGGAGUGCAUUUGGGUUCCAGAACCUAACUUCAAAUCCAAGUUACUAUAUCACUUUCUUUGGAAUCGUGAAUUUGCAUGCUAUUUGACUCACAAAGAAAGCUAAGCAUAUUCAUUACAAAAGCUUUUCUUGGCCCACUAGGGUUUUCUUGUUCAAGUAUUCUUUUUCAAAAUUUAUUUUUAAUAUAUAUUUUUAAACUUUGUGUCAUGAGAUAUAUCUUACCCAGGAAAGAACAAAUACAGUGCAUCCAAAGUAUUCUUCCGCUCAAUUUGCAAAAUGGUGGCCUUGGGGUAGAUUUGAUCUAUAAAUGCAUUCUGUGUGACUCAUACAGUGUUGCUCAUGUUUUAAUUUACAAAAAUCUAUAUUUCCACUUCUUUUGAAAAAUCAGAAGAUUUGGAAUCAUUACGUAUAUCCUUGUGUAUGGUAAUCCACUGGAACCACCCAGUGCCUAUUCACUUUAGAUAUGGCGUAAGUUUACCUUCCCUUGUCUGAACCUUUUAAGUACUGAAGUUGGUGACCCUCUGCCUUCAAUAUUUAUCUUGGGUGAUGAUCAGUAAGAGUAAAGUACUGGAAAUUCUCUUACCUUUUUUUUUUAAGCAACUUUAGUGAGGUAUAUUUUAUAUAUAAAAUUCACCCAUAUUUCAUCCAUUUACUUUUAAUGUGACUGACCUUUUAAAUUGUUUCCUCUUGAGUAUCUUUAAGAUCCAAGAUCCUUCUCCUAAAAAAAGAGCAACAUUUAACAUUUUAACAUUCUUUUAAAGCCUAUAUUUCUUAAAACCUGCAUUUGAG